CCUAACUUUGAACCAGUAAACAUGUCUGCAGUCAUGGAUAUGUCGCUCGACGACAUAAUCAAGAACAACAAAAAAUCUGGAUUCGGAAGCUCCCGUGGCCGAAUCCGACCCUUUGGAUAUGGACCUACUCAUCGGUUCCCCAACCGUGCCGCCAAUCGCGCCGCACCUUAUGCCACCGCUAAGGCGUCAAAGGUGACGUGGCAACAUGAUUUAUAUGCAGAUCAGCAUGUGGCUGCGGCGGGGUACCCUGCUCAAGGUGGUCGUGCGGCUUCCAUAGAAAUUGGGAUCAAGCUUUACAUUUCAAACUUGGAUUAUGGUGUUUCCAAUGAUGAUAUCAAGCUAGCAGAAGACCUUGGGACAUUGCCGAUAUGGGUGUUUAACGCUGGUUUCAGCCUUAAUGAUGAAAUUGAUACAUCAUCCAUAGAAUCCUAUGUGCAAGGAGCUUUCGAUGGCAUUGAAUUUGCAAGAGGCUCUCCUACAUCACAAUGGGACCGUCUUAGAAAGUUAAGACGGUUGUUAGUUGGAACCGUAUUAGAAAGUUAG